AUGGCGGCUGCGAGCUCUUCUCUCUGUGAGGAGAAGUUUCUCUGCUCCGUCUGUCUGGAGGUCUUCACUGAUCCAGUCACAACACUGUGUGGACACAGCUUCUGCAGCAUCUGCAUCACCAAACACUGGGACAACAUUGACCACUGCAUCUGUCCAGUCUGUAAACAGGACUUCAGCUCAAGACCACAGCUGAAAGUUAAUUCUAUUUUAGCAAGUAAGAUCUCUAUGUUCAGAAAUAUGCCUCAAGAUGAAGAGACAGUGAUGGAGGCUUUGUCCACUGCUCCAGGAGAGAGGAUCUGUGAUCUGUAUGCUACUCCAGGAGAGGUGGUCUGUGACCUGUAUGCUGCUCCAGGAGAGGUGGUCUGUGACCUCUGUUCAGUUCCCAGGCUCAGAGCCGUGAAGUCCUGCCUGGUGUGUUUGAUGUCGUACUGUGAGAGCCACCUGCGGCCACACCUCACAAACCCCCGUCUGAAGAGGCACCAGCUGAUCCAACCUCUGCCCGACCUGGAGGAGCACAUCUGCUCUGAGCAAGGGUGGCCCCUGGAGCUCUUCUGUAGGGACCACUCACACUUCAUGUGCGAGAGGUGCAGUUAUACAGAGGAGACAAAGCAUAAUACUGACCUAUUGAAGGAGCAGGGAGAGGAGCAGCGGGCCACACUGAAGAAACAGAUCCAAGAAAGACGUGUGAAGGUCCAGGAGAUCCAGCGCUCAGUGAAGCAGAGUCAGAGAAAGGCAGAGGCAGAAAUACAAGAAGGUCUCAGAGUCUUUUACAAUUUGAUGGAGUGUGUUGAACAAAGUGCAGACAGCUUCAAACAGAGCAUUGUAGAAAAACACAGAAAGACCAAGAAGGAGGCCGCUCAGCUGAUAGAACAGAUCCAGAGAGAGAUCUGUGAGCUGGAGCAGAGAGGAGCUGAGAUGGAGCAGCUGUGGAGCUCUGGACACCACCUACACUUUGUCCAGACCUUCACUACAGUCAAACCUGCUCCACAGCUCAACGACUGGAGCAGGAAGACUGUCAGGAUCCCGUCGUACAAGGGGACAGGGGCCCAAGCUGUGUCUGAGCUGAGGAAAGAACUAAACACAGAGAUGGAGACAUUCUUUAAAGCAGAAUUAGAAAUAGUACAAGAGUUUGCAGCUAAGUUGUAUCUAGAUCCAAACACAGCAAAUCCACAAUUAAUCGUGUCUAAAGAUCGCAGACAGGUCCAUGAUUGUGGCCAAAGACAGAAUCUCUCAGACAACCCCGAGAGAUUCACUUCUAUUAGGUGUGUUUUAGGGAAACAAAAGUUCUCAUCGGGGAAGUUUUAUUUUGAGGUUGCGGUCAAAGGGAAGAGAUUUUGGGAAGUGGGAGUGGCCAAAGAGUCAGUGGACCGAGCAGACAAAGGUACUCAAACCGUACAGAAAGGAUACUGGACUCUCUGCUUCAGUGGUCAUUACCAAACUUCAGACGUUCCUUCUGUAGUUUUCUCGGUGCAGUCGCGUCCAGAGAAGGUUGGAGUGUUUGUGGAUUAUGAUGAAGGCCUGGUCUCCUUCUAUGAUGUGGAUGAGGAGUCUCUUCUUUACUCUUUCACUGACUGUUGCUUCACUGACAACAUUCUGCCGCUGUUCAUUCCAUUCGGCUCUACUCCUCUCGUCCUGACGCCUGUGGGUGUUUAG